UAGGUUGCUGUUGGUGGCGGCCGAGGCCCCAAACCCUCUCUGGCCCACCUUCUCAGUUUAGCUAGUAGAUACUUCUGACAUUUGAAUGAAAACUAGUGAGAGAGGCCUGUUCACAAACUUGCAGAAUCAUGGCUUCAGCAUUGGAGCAAUUCGUGAACAAUGUGCGGCAACUAUCUGCUCAAGGUCAGAUGACUCAGCUAUGUGAACUGAUCAACAAGAGUGGGGAACUGUUGGCUAAGAACCUCUCCCACUUAGACACUGUCUUAGGAGCACUGGACAUCCAAGAGCACUCCCUUGGGGUGCUGGCUGUGCUGUUUGUGAAGUUCUCCAUGCCAAACAUCCCUGACUUUGAGACAUUGUUUUCCCAAGUCCAACUCUUCAUCAGCACUUGCAAUGGAGAGCACAUUCGCUACGCGACAGACACUUUUGCUGGGCUCUGCCAUCAGCUGACUAAUGCCCUCGUAGAGAGGAAGCAGCCCUUGCGAGGCAUAAGUAUACUCAAACAGGCAAUAGACAAAAUGCAGAUUAACACAAACCAACUUACCUCAGUUCAUGCUGACCUGUGUCAGUUAUGCCUGCUGGCAAAGUGCUUCAAGCCUGCGGUCCCAUUCCUGGAGCUGGACAUGAUGGAUAUCUGCAAAGAAAACGGAGCCUACGACGCCAAGCACUUCCUCUGCUACUACUAUUACGGCGGCAUGAUCUACACGGGUCUGAAGAACUUUGAACGGGCACUCUAUUUUUUUGAGCAGGCAAUAACCACUCCAGCUAUGGCAGUUAGUCACAUCAUGCUAGAGGCUUACAAGAAAUACAUUCUGGUCUCCCUCAUCCUCCACGGGAAGGUCCAGCAACUCCCUAAAUACACGUCACAGAUUGUGGGCAGGUUCAUAAAGCCCCUAAGUAAUAUUUAUCACGAGCUGGCGCAGGUGUACAGCACGAACAACCCUGCCGAACUGCGCAGCCUGGUCAACAAGCACAGCGAGACUUUUGCGCGUGACAGCAAUGCGGGCCUGGUCAAGCAGUGCCUCUCCUCGCUCUAUAAGAAGAACAUCCAGAGGCUAACCAAGACCUUCCUGACGUUGUCCUUGCAAGACAUGGCUAGCCGAGUACAGCUCUCCGGCCCUCAGGAGGCUGAGAAAUACGUCCUGCACAUGAUCGAAGAUGGAGAGAUUUAUGCCAGUAUCAACCAGAAAGACGGCAUGGUCUGUUUCCAUGACAACCCCGAGAAAUACAACAACCCCGCAAUGCUUCACAAAAUUGACCAAGAGAUGCUGAAGUGUAUAGAGUUAGAUGAGAAACUAAAGGCCAUGGAUCAGGAGAUUACCGUCAAUCCCCAGUUUGUGCAAAAGAGUAUGGGAACACAAGAAGAUGAUGUUGGUAGCAAGACAUCUUCCUACUCCUGAGGCCACUGCACCAAGCACAGCUUUGCCUCUUGUAAACAUUGAGAAACCAUCAUCAGGAAGAAGGUCAAUCUACUGAGUAUGGACUAUAUUGGACAAAAACAUAAACGUGUCUGAAAUGAUAAUUUGGUUCUUUCUUUCACAGCGCACCCAUAAAAACCAAACCUGUUUUGUCAGUGUUUUAUUUAUCAAUGUUGAAGUGGAGAACCCUCUACUCCAUUUAUGCCCAUAACAAUAAAAUUACAGGACUUCUUUGUUCAAAAAUA